CUUCCAAAAUUACUCUUUCCAAACACAGUUCCCUCCCGGAUCACGAUCCCCGUCGUCUUCAUCUUCUCCAUUUCUGGAAGCUGUUUUGAUCGGAACUGAACAAGUUGUCGCAUAUCCAAUCACCUUUUCUCUUUGGUUUUCUUCGAUGGAAUCACUGUUGCAGAGCUGGAAUCGGGAGUGAGAAUGAGCUCUGCGGAGUUGAAUUCAUUGGCUUGAUCGUACAACCAUGUGGCUUUCCUUCUGGAGACCCAGAGAUCGAUUCUCCUUAGACGAGCUCAGAUAUUUAUGUGAUCAGCUGCAGAAAGUUCAGAUUGUAAAUGAAGUUAACAAGGAUUUUGUUAUUGAGGCAUUGAGAUCCAUUGCAGAGUUGUUGACAUAUGGCGAUCAGCAUGAUCCCUCUUUUUUUGAAUUUUUCAUGGAGAAGCAGGUCAUGGAAGACUUCAUACGUGUACUAAAGAUUAGCAAAACUGUCACUGUUUCACUUCAGUUGCUUCAAACAAUGAGCAUUAUGAUCCAAAACCUCAAAAGUGAACAUGCAAUAUAUUAUAUGUUCAGUAAUGAACAUGUCAACUACCUAAUAACCUAUACGUUUGAUUUCCGCAAUGAAGAGCUACUAUCUUAUUAUAUCUCAUUCUUGAGAGCAAUAAGUGGAAAACUGAACAAGAAUACAAUAUCACUGCUUGUGAAGACACAGAAUGAUGAAAUUGUUUCUUUCCCAUUGUAUGUUGAAGCAAUACGAUUUGCUUUUCAUGAAGAGAGCAUGAUACGCACUGCAGUGCGUGCACUUACGCUUAAUGUUUAUCAUGUUGGAGAUGAUGGUGUGAAUAGAUACGUUACCAGUGCCCCUAAUUCUGAUUACUUUACAAAUUUGAUUUCUUUUUUCCGGACUCAGUGCAUUAAUCUAAACAAAUUGGUGUCUGACUGUCUAAUAAACCCAGACCCUGGCUCAGUGUCUGCACUACUUGCUGCUGUAGAUGAAAUUGAGGACAAUCUCUACUAUUUUAGUGAUGUUAUCUCUGCUGGGAUCCCUGAUGUUGGGAGGUUAAUAACAGGCAACAUUUUGCAGCUUUUAAUAUUUCCUCUGCUUCUUCCUUCCUUAUGGAUGGACAUUGUCAAUGAACCAGUUGGUGCUAUUACUUCUCUGUAUCUACUUUGUUGUAUCUUGCGCAUUGUCAAAAUCAAGGACUUGGCGAACACUAUUGCCGCUGCUCUUUUUUGUCCUCUAGAAGCCUUUGUUCCAUAUUCUGGAGCUAAAUUGAAUGGUUUUGCAUCUAGAAAUGAUUUUGAAUGUGAGAAAAAAGAACCAGUAGCUGGAGCUAACAGUGUUACCAAGGUGGAUACUGAACAAUUAAGUGUCAAAUUAUCAAACGUAGCUUGUUCUUCACCAGUUCAUUCAGAUGUCAUUAUAACUCAAAAUAAUUGCAGCAGUUCAGGUUUGGAAUUGAGGGAAGUUUUGCUUCAAUUUUUUACCGGUGGAGAUGAUGUGCAAGUUUCGGGUUCUUUGAGUGUGCUGGCUACACUGUUGCAAACAAAGGAACUUGAUGAAUCAAUGUUAGAUGCUCUUGGCAUUCUUCCUCAACGCAAACAGCACAAGAAACUGUUGCUGCAAGCUUUGGUUGGUGAGGCCUCUGGUGAAGAGCAACUUUUUUCUUCUGAAAGUGGGUCCAUGAAAGACAGUAUCAGUAGUGAGCUCGAUUGUUACUUGCAGAAGCUGAAGGAACAAUAUGGGGUCUUGUGUUCUUUUCCAGAAGGUGGAACAAUCCCAAGCCCUUGUCUACACAGAAGUCAGGUCCUUGUUGCAUUGGUCAAUCUUUUAUGUCGUUCAGAUAUAUCCGCAGAAACAUUGUGGGAUGCUGGUUGGCUUUUGCGCCAAUUACUUCCUUACAGUGAGGGAGAAUUUAGAAGCCAUCAUCUUAAACCAUUAAAGGAUUCACAUAGGAAGUGCACAACUGCUCUUCUAGAGGAGACUAAAGGUGUCUGGUCUGAUCUAAUCUUGACAGUACUCUAUGAUGAAUGGAAAAAGUGCAAAAGAGCAAUUGAGGCUUCCUCCCCCCGAAAAGAACCCAAGUCUAUACUUUUGCCAGUUCAGAAAUCCACUGUUGAAGAUAUUCCCCCUGAAUCAUCCUCCGCUGCUGGUGCAAGGAUGUAUGAGUUGGUGAAGGCAUUUGUACUUCUUCAUCAGCUUCAAAUAUUCUUCUCCCUGGGAAGGCCUCUGCCUGAGCAGCCUCCUAACCAACCUCUUAUUCAUGUUCCUGAAAAAUCCCGUGCCAGAACAGCUUGUCUGGAUGUCUCAGGUCCUGAACCUGGGACUGAAAUAAGGCUUGAUGAUGCCUUACCUUGUAGGAUUGCAUUUAAGCGGGGCAAAGAACGCCAUUUCCACUUUCUAGCAGUCUCUCUGGGCACAUCUGGGUGGGUUAUCCUUGCAGAAGAGUUGCCCCGUAAGCAGAAUCAUGGAGUUGUAUGUGUUGCAGCACCAUUGGCUGGCUCUAAUCCUAGAAUUGAUGACAAGCAUCCAAGAUGGCUACACUUGCGGAUUCGUCCAUCAACUUUACCUUUUAUGGAUCCUGCUAAAUCUGAUAGUAGUGCUUAUGGAAAAACAAAGAUAAAAGCCCUGCUUGAUGGGAGAUGGACCUUAGCAUUUAGGGAUGAUGCAUCCUGCAAAACUGCAUUGUUUAUGAUUCUGGAGGAGAUUAAUCUACAAAGUGAGGAGGUGGAGAGAAGACUAAAAGCAGUUCUUGACCUUGAAAGAAACGUAGAUUCUUCAAACCCUUUUUUGGCUACCCCAGAGACCUCAAGUUCAACACCUUCCAAUUCAUUGUAAGUUACUAACUUGUCUUUUUGAUUUUUCGAGUUCCAGUUAUAGUUUUGUGAAAUGCUUAGGGUGAGAAUGUAUUACUUGUCGUCGCCCUCCUGCAUAUGUUGAUAAGGCAACCCUAGAUAUAUACCCUUAAUAUAGGUUAACUCCGGAGAUUUAUAUCCAUUUUUUUUGUAUAAUAUAGCCCCCCCUUCCUCUGAUUUGUUGCUUCAUAGGCCUUCCCUUUUUCCAUUUUUAGCGGCUUCUUAGGCUAUUCCCCUUUUCCCUAAUUUUGUAAGCUAUGUAAAAUUUGUACAUUUGAGGCGAUUCGAUAGUGGAAGGCGUGCCCAUUUCUUUAUGAAA